CUCUUUAUAGUUACCCUAAUUGUAGAUCAAGUGCCUGCUCUGAACUGGGCAUUCUUAUGGACGAACUAGGUCGAAUGUUUGGCAUUUAUUCUUCUGGUCCAAGCCGUCCAUGGCUUUGGAUCAUUGAAUACCUAUCAAGCUUCCCCCAGAUGGAUACUUCUGUUAUACGUGAUUUGAUCGAAACGGCUCCAGUAUCACCAGACGGCUUAGGGAAAAAUACGAGUGAAAGGGUUGCUUUAAGAUGUCUGGAGGAGGUAUUUGGUCCUAAAAAUGGUCUCGAAAAUGUUGCUCCUCCUGAUUCAAGAGUUGCCUUUGAUCUUUCUUCUAGCUGUGAAGAUGUUCUCGAACACAUACUGCAGGAGGUCCCACUUUCAAAUCUGAAAAAGGCUGGAGCAGAGCUUUUGAGAUUGGAUGUUAACCCCUUUAUGAUGCAUAAAAGAGCCUCACUACCUAAAUGUGCAUUAGAACAGUUGAAAAGUUCAAUUUUGGAGGAGAUUCCUGAUCAUGAAGGUGAUGAAAAUGUGCCUACAUUGAGACCUGAUGAUAGUGAUGAUGAAAAUUGUAAUCAAGAGGGUAACUUGAUUCCUCAAAUUCAUGAAAAUGAUAAUGAGAUCUUGCAAGAUGGAUUGCUUGAAAGAAAUUCAAUACACUCUAAGAGGUGUAGAAAUGACUUGGUUGCUGGAAAUUUGGUGGGACUUGUCAGUGUUAAUCAGAAUAGUUUGCAUAAUGAUCUUCAUUUGAAUGCAAAGAAGUUCAAGCAGGAUGCGACUUGUACUAUUCAGUCUGUUGAACAGAUUCCAAUUUGCUUGCAUGGUGAGGAACAGUUGGAAGAUCUGUCUGGAGGGAUUAUAAAAGUUACUGAAAUAGAAGGUAAUAACUUGGGAAAGGAUUCUCAAGCAGGUGAGGGUGAUCAAGAUGUGUGUGUUCCCUCAAGGACCCUUGGGCAGAGUGAUGCUUUUGGUCAUGUAGAAUUGCAGGACAAUCAGAUGGUGAAUGUUCAAAAUGCUGAUGUAUUGGCUGAGCGAAAGUAUGGAAACAGACCUUGCCAAAAUGUUGUGAUGAAUGAAUCCGAUCAUGUUGAAAAUGGUGCACUGCAAAGGGGUGCCAGUGGUGAUGCUGGUGAAAAUAUUGAUCAAGGUUUUCCAUUAAGUUCCCCAAAUUCCUCUUCUGCCGAUGGAUUACAGCAAAAUAUUGAUCUUGUUGAGGCCAAAGCUGACAUGGAUCAUCCUUGUGUGGAACAAAUAUGUGAAUAUGAAGAUGAGAGGUUUAAUAUUGCCUUGAAGAAGAGCCUUUUCUUGAGUUCUCUGUGCACACCAAGUCAAGAUCUUGUGCGAAAAGCUGGCUGGACAGAACAAAAUAUUUGUGCGAAGUGUAAUCAAAAUGGUCAGGUUUUGAUUUGCAGUUCUAGCGGUUGCCAACUUGUGGUUCAUGAGAGCUGCUUGGAUUCUGCUGCAAGAUUUGAUGAAAAGGGCAACUUUUAUUGCCCAUUCUGUGCAUAUUCUGUUUCCAUCUCAAAGUACCUAGAAGCUAAGGACAAAGCCUCCUUGGCGAGGAAGGAACUAGCUGCUUUUAUGGAGUUUUGUUCAAAAAAACUUACUGAGGAACAGAGGAAGCUUCAGAGUCAUUCAAGAUUAAAUGGUAAUGAAGACCUUGUUGGAAUUCAGGAGAGUGGGCAUCUAGGAGAGAGUGAACACAAUUUUAUUAAUCAAAAUAGAGAAGUUAAUCAUGGCCCUUCUGCAUCACAUCUAAAUGGUAAUAAACUGUGUGUAGAAGAAGAUACAUUUAUGGGUGGGGCAGUAGAUGUUCAAGGUGAAAAUAAUGAAGAGGAAGAAAAACUAGUCCUUGGGCACCAAUCCAUGAGAGAAUGUGAACACCAAGAGGAAGAACUACCUGCCAACCUUAAAUUCAAUGAUGAUAAUCCAACCAGUGAAAACACUAAAACUGUACCCGUAAUUCAGGUAGAAGUUAAAGAAGAUGUUAUGAAGGAAGCUGUGGAGCCUCAGAUUACUGAUGCACCUGCAAAACCUGGCUGUUCUCUAAACAGCGAUGGAGAAGAAUCUUCUACGGAUGCAAACAACAAGUAUAUAAUAUCUAGUUACUCCAUGAGGUUCAGAAAACGUGAGACAAAGUACUCAUUCCCUGCAACUCCACAGUUGAGGAGAAAGAAAGUUCCGUGGACGAAUGAUGAAGAAGAGAUGCUCAGGAAGGGAGUACAGAAGUUUGGAAAUUAUGGUGGAAAUGUUCCAUGGAAGAGAAUUUUGGACUUUGGUGCUAAAGUGUUUCUGAGUGGUAGGACUACAGUAGACCUCAAGGAUAAAUGGAGAAAUAUGAGCAAGGGUAGCCCGAGAUGCAAAUGAAAUGAUGUCAUGGCCAAGUGAAUUUGCAUGUAGAUUUAUUUCGAUCUUGCCUCCAAGUAGCACUAUUGUUAUCACAUAUAAUACCGUGUCAAGGGCUAAGUCAUGCUGAGUAGUUUUGGAAGUUGUGAUUUU